GUGAAAUGUUACGCCAAAUGUUUUUGCAGUUAAUAUGUCGAAUGUUACUGUUCAAAAUGCUAUUGCGUGGGGUGUACAAGGUAAAGUGUGCAGAGGGGUGGUAAACAGCGAAGAUGAAAGUAAAUUCGACUGUAUUGUGAAAGUGAUUGAAUGUCCAGAUCUUAACUAUGGGAAUAAGUUGUUCAAUCAGCUAAUGAAGUUAUCUGAACUCGAUCAUAAAGGUGUGCUUGUGCCUGAAGAUGUCUUCCUCUCUUGGGAAGAAUCGACCUCAAGUGUCAAUGUCAACAUAGUGUACCCAGACCUUCCCGAUCCUUGUAGUUUGCAUGAACUUAUUUCGAAUCACAUUGAUCCAAGUGAAACACCAGGUGAAAAUAUAGAUAUUCCAAUUGCCCAGGUUCAUAAAGCCGUUGGGGAAAUAAUUAGUGCGCUGAGCUUCAUAAAGUCAAGUGGCUUUCUUCAUUUAAAUUUGAAGCCGUCCAAUGUGUUCAUUCAGUCAGGACAUUUUAUGGUUGGUGACUUCGGAUUGCCCGCUCUAUUGUCGGACAUUGCCACUCGUACUAGAACAACCGAAGGGAUACUAUACAAGUUUACUGAAUUGGAGUACUUGUAUCGGAUUGUUGAGGAACCAAAAGAUCUCCAUCGCUACCAUCCGCCUGAAUUGAAAAGUAUGUCUGGAUCCCGGAUGUACGAUAGUAAAACGGAUGUGUACGGUUUGGGCUUACUGAUCUACCAGAUGCUGUUUCUUAAAUUGGAGGUUCCAGAUGAUAUUUCCGAUUGGCAUCGCAAUGCAAAGGACAUUGAAGAUCCUAUUUUGCGGGGAUUGUUUCUGAAGUGCGCUGAUCCCGAAUACGAGACUCGCCCUACAAUUGACGAACUCGUUGACCUGCCUGAAGUUCAGCAUUUAAUGGAAGUUGCGGAAAGAGAGCGAAUUGCAAACAAGCGACUCAAGAGUGCCUCAGUUCCUCACAAAAUAGUACCUGUGGAUUCACCGGCUGAAGUCGUGAUUGAAAACUUGGCCUCUGCUAUUAAAAGCGAAGAGUUAACCAGGGCUUCAUUCAGAGCUAUUUUUGCGAUCACGGCUAAGAAUAAUGUGAUACUGGAUGAUGCACAGAAAGGAGUUAUUCUGGAGGCGGCCAAAUUCCAUGAAGAGGUUCCAGAUAUUCAGGAUAAGUUUCUGGCGAUUGCGUACAAUAUAAUUCCAACAAUCGAAGAAGAAUCGGACACGUUCGCCAGUGUUUCUCUCUGUCAGCAUAUCCAAACAGUCAUGAAGAGAUAUGCUGUUCAUGAGAACAUAAUCUUCGAAUGUCUACAGGUCAUACUUUUGAUCUCAGCUCACAGAUUUGGAGCCAGGAACAUCUGUAAGGCAAAGAUGUUGCGAGUUCUGGCGGACUUAACUGGAAAGUACCCCGCUAAUUACAAAGCGGUGCUGUGGAUUAUGUGGGGGGUUUUGGCCUACAAGGAGAACCAAAAGGAUGCUAUGAGGGAACAUAUAGGAGUGUGGAUUUACAAUCUUGCGGACACUGCUCAGAAGAAGGAGGUUCUCUUGGAACCCUUCACCGCCUGCCUUUGGACACUUUCCAACUACAAACAGAAUCUGGAGGACUUCAAAAAGGUAUCCGGAAUUGACCUACUUUUGCACAUAGUGCACGACUACCAACAGGAGCCGAGAAUCCUACGCAACUGCUGCAUGGCACUCGCAAAUGCAGUAGAGGCGGACGAAAUCUGCGCUUACUCGGUGAUCGCGAGCAAAAUAGACGAUCCCUUCAUAGUGUUGCGUAAUAUUUACAAACCGAACCGUGAUAACCCUGAGUUUGUGGAGGCUUACGCGACUCUUCUAGCUGAGUUGUCGAGUUAUGAUGAAAUCAGGUAUGAGCUGCACAGGCUCAAUUUCCUGGAGUUGAGCAAAGAAAUUGAGGUGUUCUACUCGGCGUCCGAGUUGAUUGUAAAAACAGCCUCGAAAGCUACUGCCAAUUUGGAAGCAUACAAGCUAGAGGUGAAAUGAACAAGCGAAGUAUACUGAACCCUAACGAACCCCUUUAAUUAGAUUUCAUGACAUUAACAUGAGUGUAAUUUGUACAUAGUGUAAAGUGUGCAUUCUACUUUUCAGUUUAAAAAUCUAUCUUUAGGCUAAAAUGAAGUUUUUCUGUUCAAUAAAAAAAGAACAAUUGUCAUUCGCGUGCAUCAUUGUUGAAUAUUUCUCUAUAUUGUAAAUGCUGUAUAUAUUCUGCUGCAAUUAGUAAUAAAUAUGCAAAUAGAAAUGCAACACCAUGUGUUGAAAUAAAUUGUUUAACACAUCUA